ACCAUUAUUCACGUAUCUCUGAAUUUGUUCAAUAACUUAUUUUCAACAAAUGGUUGAAACUAUAACGAAACCUAAUAAAUCUUCUAAUUCAACUGUUCUUGCUGUCAACUUCGGCGACUAAUAGUUUAGAAGAGUGAGAGAAACACAUCUUACCCGUAUUAAUCUAACUUAACCCAACUUAACCUAUCCGUCAAAAUAUCGCGUCAUACGGUUUUAGUUUACGUACUGGUAUGUCGAUAACUUUUCAACAAAUUAUGUUGGAUGCUGAAAAGCUAGUGGGACGUAUUUCGGAUCAAGAAAAUAAUACGGAUAAUUUAAUAUCAGAUAUACAAUCAGUAUGCAGCCAAAUCGACAGUAUGAAACAAUAUCAAGAGGAAGUUGAAAUCCUUAACUCGGAAGCACACCAUAGACCUCACUUACAAUUGAUUGCUGGAAUUCAACAAGAGAAUAAGUAUCUGCGUGAAAUUCAAGCAGAGAAUAAAGAAUUAAAAAAUGCUUUAGAGGAUCAUCAGAAUGCUCUUGAAUUAAUAAUGUCAAAAUACAGAGAACAGACUUCGUCUUUGAUUCGCCGUUGCAAGGUGGAUUUUACAUCUUUCCACAAUUCAAAGUAUACUCAGUUAAUCACCAGCCAAGCGGAAAAGAUCAACGAGAUGGCGGCAGUGAUGAAAACUGCAGCUGCGAUCGAUGAAGAGAAUGAUAUAAGAGGGAAGGAAAUUUAUUCUCGGCUUAAGGAAGAGAAUACUGUUUUGCGAGAAAUACUCGAUAUAGCUAAUAAGUAUGGUUCUCUGGAUAAAGAUCCAACGAUGGACGAUAAAACUGUUCAGACAGAGCCAGCAUAAGAAAACUUGAAACUUUAACACAAUGGAGAUAUAACGAAUCAAGGACACAGGUCACUUCUGAGCUAAUUUGGAUGUCGGUGGCAGGGAAGACCAAGUGCAGUGGUAUGCGUGCAUAGAUGUACCAGCCAUGCUAAGAGGGUUACGGCCAACUGUCAAUCGAUUGCUGGAAAAUACUUUGUAGCUGCAUGGUAAAACGUAGUUCAGGUACCGUUUACACCCGGAAAAAUAUUCAUUUCAGUUACGUCUGUGAAUUGGCAAUGUCACUGGUUUGGAUAGCUUUGUUCAACUUCCUUAUACAAUUUGAAAGCUAGUAUUUUUGAAUUAGACUGUGAGAAAGUUGAAGUAUGUAAUUUUAUUUUGAAAACGUGAGAUCCUUGCUUUUUUCUUCCCUUGACGAUUGAUCGGAGAAAGGUUAUCCGUGCAGUAAGAACAGGCCCGCUGAAGUGAAUCACUACUGGAUUUCAAAUUCUUUGCCAUCCCACGUCUGCUUUUAGCAUCGUAUAUUAUUAUCUGGUUGCCAAAAUAAAUUCAUGCAUCAUUCUAAUUACGCACACAAGUUUAAUGGUUAACGUCCUCGUGUUGAACAUAAUUUGGUAUAACUCAACUAGUCAACGUUAUUGUACACAUGUCAGUUAUAUUUAACCAUAAGUUUAUCGUAUGUUCAGCUAUCAUCCGUUAUUAUUUGAAUCUCUUUUUAACCUGUCAAAUAUCGAUAUAAUUAUAAAUUAACAAAUACCAGGCACUGUCCCUAUUUCGAAGGUAAAAAUUUCAACACAACAUUAAAACAAUAUAGGUAUGUAAUAAUUAAUUUUAGAUGAAAACACUUCGUACUUAUGAUCGUAAACAAGGUAACAAAAUAUUUAUACAUUAUUAAACAACUUUUGAAAUUAAAAUAUUUAAUGUAUUACGCUACUGCAAAUGCGAUGCAUUCGUGUAUUGCGGGUUACGUCCCUUUAGGCGGAAUUACACAAGUUGAUUCAAAUUUUUCACUAUUCUAAAAGUGGAUUUGAUUUUCGUAUCCAGUCUACAUGGCUUUCACUCCUAAAAGGGAUGAUUACGAAUAUGAAAAAAGCUAUGUCGAAAUAUUUUAAUGAUCAGCUAUAUUUCUGAAAACUGAUUAAUCUCAUUCGGCGUUUAACGGACUACAAAUUAGAACGCGCAUUGCGUCAGAAUAGAGAUCAGGGCGGGUGACAACUGUUAUGUAAUAAUUGUUGUGCCAUAUGGAAGUAACAAAUGCAUAUUCCAUAAAAUGUGCAAUUCGUGUAUUGUGCAUAAUUUUUAAUCAAUCAAUUUUCUAUUUUUCGACCCAUGAUGACCGUAUACGCAUUCCUUUAGUGUUAACUAUGGAAAUAACAAAUAAAAUUCCGGAAAAAAAUUUCACCACAAUUCACGAUCUUUGAUAUUCGCAUGUCUCAGCAGCAGAAGCGGUAUAUGAAGUUAAAUAUUCUAUAUCUAACGUAUGUACGCGUUGAGCAGAAUUUUGAAAAAGUUCGAACUCAUUUCUGGUAGCGCGGCGCUUUAAAAUAGCUUCCGAUAAAAUAGAAUUGUAUGCCUCUGGUGCGUUACUCCGGCAUAACGGAGGCUUUGCAAUCAAAUUAUAUGUCGAGCAGAAAUAUCGCAACCCAAAAUCGUCAGAGUGCUUGAACACCGACGGUGAGAUUGCUGGAAAAAUCUUUGUUCAAUAUUAGUUAUAAUUAGCGAUUUAUAAUGUCAGAAUUAGGUUUAAUCAAAUAAACGGAAAACGAGAAAACGCACAAAUGACCGCUGUGCCUCGAAAAAUGGCUGCAUGCACAUAAAAAGUCUGUACAUAUCAUAUGUGUAAUACUUACAGUGCUUACACCUUCGCUGCAUUUACAUGUAUACAGGUAUUUUACGCGUAACCGUAUAAUCGCCAUGUUUUCAAUAAGAUAGAACUCAUAGAGCGGCA